GUGAGAAUGGAGCGGUGCUGAAGGGGUUGUUGCGGAGCGUUUGGGCAAUGGCCGGCCUGCUUUCCUGGCGGGGUGGUGGCCCUAAAGGGCAUGAGAUUGUGUAAGGAGGCGGCAGCGGCGGCCUGGCUCAGCUCGAAGAUGGAGCGGGUGCGCUGGGCUUUCAGCUUUGGCUCCUGGCAGCCCCGCUGCUCCGAGUGGUUGCUGGCAGCCCGCAGUGUACCAGAGGAGGAGAGAGAGCGCAUCGACAAGUUUGUCUUCGCCAAAGACGCCAAGGCCGCCAUGAGCGGACAUCUCCUGAUCAGGAAAUUAAUUGCUGAAAAGCUGAAGAUACCUUGGAAUGAAAUCCAAUUAAAACGGACAGCCAAAGGAAAACCAUUUCUAGCCCAUCCUAUCCUUGACGCGAUCCCAAAUUUUAACUUCAAUAUUUCACAUCAAGGAGAUUACUCUGUUCUGGCAGCAGAGUCUGCUUUUCAGGUCGGUGUAGAUAUCAUGAAGACUGAAUUUCCAGGUAGCAGCUCUGUUGCAGAGUUUUUCCGAAUUAUGAAUAGACAGUUCACAGUUCACGAAUGGAAUACCAUCAAUAUGGCAGGUGAUGAAUGGUCACAACUGGACAUGUUUCACAGAUACUGGACUUUGAAAGAAAGCUUUAUAAAGGCAAUCGGAGUUGGAAUUGCAUUUGAUCUACAGAGGAUUGAGUUCCAUGUCUCACCAUUACGUUUGGAAGAAGGCCAGAUUUAUAAGGAGACAAUAAUGUUUUUGGAUGGAGAGCAGGAAGAGGACUGGGUGUUUGAGGAAACUAUGCUGGAUGAUCGUCAUCAUGUUGCUGUUGCACUUGGCAAAGAAGACACCUUUGGCAAAUGCCCUGCACAGGUACAAGAGGAUAAUCAGGAACUAUCUAAAUUCAUACUUCUGACUUAUGAGGAUCUAAUUUCAUCAGCUAUUACUAUGGCACCAGAAGAUCCUGCCUACUGGAACAACUUUAAAGCCAAAAAAGAAAGACCAGGUCGCCAGCGUCAGAUGCCAGUAUAGCUAAUUACUAUAAGUAGUAGUGUGAAACCUACUGGUUUUGUCAAAGAUGUUGGGUUUGAAAUUCUGAUUCCUGACUAAAUGUAUGAUAAUGAUAUGUUAAUGGCUUUUUGUAAAGCACAUAUUACAGUUUUACAGUCAAUAUUAAGUAUACAACAGAAUAAAUAUAUACAACUAAAAUUUCUUACGAUCCAUGAAGGAACCCACAUUAUUUCAGAAUACUAAUAAUGCCUCUAAGAUUUUGGGGUGUAUUCUGAAGUGUAUGUACUUCAGGUAACCAAUGUUUCCUUAGAACAAGGGUUCCCAACCUGGGGUCCACAGACUCCUUGCUUAAUGGUUGGGAACCCCUUCCUUAGAAACUUCUCUGAAUUGCACAUCAAAGGCAGAGAUGACUGAUAAGAAGGUGCCACAUAAAAGAUGGUAUUAGAGAUGAUAUACUGCCAGAAAAACUGAUUCACAAAUGGUAAACAAUAGUUAUUUUAAAGUUGGAAGGCUGUGACCAUCAGGGUCCCACAGGGAUCGGUGCCCAAGUUGUGCCAAUCUUCAUAAAUGAAACAGGUAUCCAUGUAGAUUGAUACAAAGCCAGGUGGCAGUGUGGUGAUAAUGCAGAGCGGCUUCAGGGAGAGUGGUUAAAUUAAUAGACAAGGACAUGUGAAACACAGGGUAAAACAUGAGGCAGAAAAAUAGAUAAGAUUUUAGAAGUUGAAAGAUGUUGGUUUGGAAGAAUGAGGUCCUUGUUCACAAAUCACUGGCAUCAAGUGGUAGGAAAACAAAUGGUACACUGGUUCUGAUUGCAAGAGGAUUGGAGUAGUGUCUUUUUCCAAUUACACAGAGCCUUUGUCAGACUGUGUCUAUGGUGUAUAGAUCUGGGGUCUCUUCCCAAGAAAGUAUAUCUGCAGUUGAGAGAGUACAGCAAAAUUUUGUUAGAUUAUUAGAAUAGCAGGUUUUUCACAUGAGGAGACAUUACAUAAACAACAUUUAAGAGGGAGUUAGAUAUGGCCCUUGUGGCUAAAGGGAUCGGGGGUAUGGAGAGAAGGCAGGUACAGGGUUCUGAGUUGGAUGAUCAGCCAUGAUUGUACUGAAUGGCGGUGAAGGCUUGAAGGGCCGAAUGGCCUACUCCUGCACCUAUUUUUUAUGUUUCUAUGUUUCUAAGGCCUUUACUAACUUUAGAAGAAUAAAAGGUGGUCACAGAAUUCCUAGGGUGGCUGACACAUUAUUUCUUUUGGCUAGGUAUUUUGAACCAGGUCUCAUAGUCUGUAAAGUGUUGACCACUCAGAAAUGAAGAAGAAAUUUCUUCACAAGGUGGUGAAUCUUUGGAAUUAAUUGUACAAGAGGGUUGUGAAGGUAUUUCACUGAGAAUGUAUCAGAUAGAUCAAUAGAUUUUUAAAACUAUUAUUAAGGGAAUCUACAGAAACAACAUUAAUGCAGCAAAAUGGUAUUGAGAUUUUUAAAAUAUCAGCUGUCUACUCCUAACACAGAAAAUGCUGGAGAAACUCAGUAAGCCAGGCAGCAUCUUUGGAAAAGAGUACAUUCGACGUUUCGGGCCAAGACCCUUUAUCAGGACUGGAGAGGAAAAAAGAUGAUGUGUCCGAGUUAGAAGGUGGGGGUCUGCUCUGUUUUUUAUGUUCUAGUAUUUACUCCCGCAUACUUAAUCACCAUGAUUACAUUUUCCUCUCCCCAGCAAAGAAAAUGGCUUGGAUGUUCCUGGGGUUGGGG